AUGGCUGACGAAAAUAACGACAUCAAGGAAGAGGUGAAGGAUGAGCAAGAACUCGCUCCCUUUGAUCCAACCAAGAAGAAGAAGAAGAAGAAGGUUGUCCUUCAGGAUCCGGUUGAGGACUCAACAGAGUCACAGGCGGAGAAAUCUGACUCAGUGCCUGCUAGCGAUGGUCUUGAGAGUUCAUUUGCUGGACUGAAGAAAAAGAAGAAGAAGCCAGUUGAAUCAAGCUUAGUGAAUGACGAAAGUGUUGAUACUGGAGAAGAUUUGGAUGAGCAUGUUAAUGAUGAGGAAGAAGGUGAAGGAAUACCUCUGCAGCAACAACUUUACCCCUGGGAGGGAACUGAUAGAGAUUAUCUAUAUGAGGAGCUUCUUGGAAGAGUCUUUAACAUCCUCCGUGAAAACAAUCCGGAGCUUGCUGGAGAUAGGCGUCGUACAGUUAUGAGGCCUCCUCAAGUUCUUCGUGAGGGGACAAAGAAGACAGUGUUUGUCAACUUCAUGGACCUUUGCAAGACGAUGCAUCGUCAACCAGAUCAUGUUAUGAACUUCUUGCUUGCUGAGUUGGGUACUAGUGGUUCGCUUGAUGGGCAGCAGAGGUUGGUUGUCAAGGGAAGAUUUGCGCCCAAGAAUUUUGAAGGGAUUUUGCGGCGUUAUGUCAAUGAGUACGUCAUUUGCUUUGGUUGCAAGAGUCCAGACACGAUUCUUUCGAAAGAGAAUCGUCUCUUCUUUCUCAGAUGCGAGAAGUGUGGAUCUGGACGAUCUGUGGCGCAGAUCAAAGCUGGUUUCGUUGCCCGUGUUGGUCGCAGGAAGACUUGA